GGUGCGGCCGAUCGGCAGAUCUUUGAGAAGAAGGAGAAAAAAAGAACGAGCUCGUCGUCGAUGGGAGAAGAACUCGCGCACAAAGGCAGAUCUUUGAGAAGAAGGAGAAAAAAAGAACGACUUCGUGGGGAGAAGAACUCGUGCUCCUCUUUCCGUCACCGGGGAUUUCAUCUCUCGCCGGCGCCGAACGUCGGGCCAGAAUCUGUCUCCGUACCGGGAAAAGAAGAUAUAGGAUACUGUGAGUGGUGGCUGUACGAGCAAGUGAAGCAGAGCGAGAUCGAGACGGCGUCGUUUUCUGCGGUUAAGAGGAAGGACGAGGAAGGGAAGAAGCACGAUUAUUACGUGAAUACUGGGUACGCGAUUCGGACCCUCCGAGAGGAGUUUCCAGAGCUUUUCUACAGAGAGCUCAGCUUUGAUAUCUACAGUUUGGGUGACAAUCAUGAAUCACUGAUGGGAAUAAUGAAGAGGAGACCAGGGAUGAUGUAAUCUUUAAGGAUCCACACAACACAUUUUCUGGAAUCGAGAACUAUAAAUCAAUCUUCUGGGCAUUGAGAUUUCACGGGAAGAUAUUUCCACGGUCUUUGGGUUGACAUUGUUAGCGUGUGGCAACCCGUAGAGAACAUGAUAAUGGUCUGUUGGACCGUGCAUGGAAUCUUGCGUAUCCCAUGGGAGAGCCGUAGCAGAUUUGACGGUACCUCAGAGUACAAGCUCGACAGGGAUGGAAAAAUAUAUGAGCACAAGGUUCACAAUAUUGCCCUCAACGGGACCCAUAAGUAUCAACUGCAGGCUGUCGACCAAUUGAUCCAGUCGAUAGGCUUCUUUUGAGACGAGAUUUAUGAGCUCUGAGGGGGAAUCACAAUGAAGUGCGCAGGAUUUCUUGGUGGUGUUUGAAGCAUUGGUUAGUGUUGCCGCUUCCCACAGCAAAUUCUUGGGCACUGGCGAAGCCAUAUCCCGAGCCUCCCGAGCCGCAUUCCUCAACGUCCUCAACGUCCACACAUUAGCCUCAAAGAAUGACAAGCUCCUAUAAGGCAAGCCAUGCUUCUUACACAACUCCUGCACUAAAGGCGAAACCCUCCUCAACUGGCACCUGGGCAACCUGGGAAACAAAUGAUGCUCGAGCUGAAACUGCAAACCCCCGAAAAACCAGUCCAUGUAAGACGAGCACGAUAUGUCUAUCGUCCCACCCGUCUGCUUUUCGAACCAGUCGUUCCCUCUCGGCGGGCCCACGUACACAUUGGCCGCGAAAUGGUUCAGACAAAACUGCACGUGCUGGAUCGAGGUCACGCAGAAACUCGCCAUCACGAAAACGAACCUUUCUGUCCAAUCCGGCAAAAACGAGACCAAAAUCGGGAACCAUGUCCAGAAAACGAGAAUACCUAAAAGGUUAAGUGCUCGAUCUGGCACUUUCCUCUUCUUCGAGAAAAGUAGUAGAAAUGUCUGGAGAUAGAGGUUUACACGAGCCACGCACAUCACGGGAUAAAACGUGAGGUGUUGGUAGCUCACGAAGAAUCGAGAUAGGGAAUCGAAGGUUAAUUGGCGGCCGUAAAAACGUGACGUCAGCGAGUUGAAAAGCUUAGAAGACACGGCUAACAUUGGCAAGUGUUGAAGGUCCGGGUCGUAAUCGAGGCUGUUGCAAGCAAUGUGGUGUGCGUUGUGUGUCCAUUUCCACCAGGCGAUGCUGAUUCCGGUCAGGCAGUUUCCGGCGAGGAUCUGGAUAAACCGGUUGAACCCGCGGGUCGUCAUUAUCUGGUAGUGACCCGAGUCGUGACCUAAAUAGGCGACCUGCAUCCAGGCCAGGCCAAGCAGGCAGCCGGAGAGAGAAUGUACGGCGAAACUUUCCGUGAAGAUGACGCCAUAGAAGCAGGCGGCCAGCAUCAGGAAAACAGAGCAGAGGGAGUAGAUCACGCCGUGGCCUUUCUUGUCGAACAUACCUGAUUUGGCGAGGUGGCUGGCGAGGCUCCGGUAGUCACGGGAGACCUCGGAGACGGCGAAGUCGCGGAGGCGGUAGCCGGUGAAGAGAGGGUCGAGGUGCUUCCAGGCGUCGCCAGGGUGGAAGGCGACGAACGCGUCGGUGACGUCCUGGCCGGCGAGGUUGAGGAGUGGGGCGUCGCCGCCGGGAUGCACGGCGGACCAGUCGGUGACGUCGUAGAUUUUGCCUUGGAUCGAGAUCCAGAGAUCUCCGGGGACGUUGUGCCGCCUGAGCUCGUCGGAGGUGAUGUACUUCCGGCCGUCGUCCGCCAUUGCACAAACAAUGAAUCGAAUUAAAAGAAUCAAAUCGAAACAAUCCGCUGCAAACAGUAAAAAACAAAACAAUGCAGGGGAAUUAGAUUUGAACCCACAUUACACGAAUAGAUCAAUCGAGCAACAUAGCUAAGAAAUUCGUGAUAAAAGGAAUCUAGAUCGGAAAUCGAAAUGUGGUUGCUUACAUAAAGGAGGAGCUUGAAAUUUAUGGCGUUUCCAAUUUUUUUACAUAUAUAUAUAUAUUUAUUUUUUU